UGCGCGCUGGGGUCACGACGCAGGCCGAGCCCAGAGCAUCCUGGGAGAUGUAGUCCUCGGCCCGUCCCCGCUAGAAGCCAGCCCGCCCGGACCACCGCGGCCGCCCGGCCGGCGCCCUCCUGUUUCCUUCCUCCGGGGAGGGAGAAAUGUCCUUCGGGUCGCUUUCCGGAAAGCAGCAGGAUGUACCGCUCCACUGUCACUAGCAACAAGGGAUAGCUGUGGCGCGAGGAAAAAGCUGUUGACUAAAACGAGCGCGUAUUUUGGACGAUCUGUGGCAUUCCCGAGAGCUACGAUUGGGUGAACGCUCUGAGUUCCGGUGAAGGGAAAAGAGACGUGGCGAAAUUGCUGUCUUUCGGUCUUAUAAGCACAUCUCUCACUAAUACAGAAAAGGAACCAAGACAUCAGAAAGGCUGCGCAAACCAUGCAGGAUGAUUUACUGAUGGACAAAAGCAAAACCCAGCCCCAGCCCCAGCCCCAGCAGCAGCGGCAGCAGCAGCAGCAGCAGCAACAGCCCCAGCCCGAGCCCAGCGCAGCCGAAGCCGCGUCCACGCCCCUCUCACCGGAGACCCCCAAGCCGGAGGACAGCAGCGCAGUGCCGGCCCUUACCCCCGCCGCGGCCCCGCCAGCCCCCAACGGCCCAGACAAGAUGCAGAUGGAAUCGCCGCUCCUGCCGGGCUUGAGUUUCCAUCAGCCCCCUCAGCAGCCGCCGCCGCCGCCGCAGGAGCCCACGGCGCCCGGCGCGUCGCUGUCGCCGUCCUUCGGCAGCACCUGGUCCACAGGCACCACGAACGCGGUGGAGGACAGUUUCUUCCAAGGGAUCACCCCAGUCAACGGGACCAUGCUCUUCCAGAACUUCCCGCACCACGUCAACCCAGUCUUCGGAGGCACCUUCUCCCCGCAGAUCGGCCUGGCGCAGACCCAGCACCACCAGCAGCCGCCGCCACCAGCGCCGCAGCCCGCGCAGCCGGCGCAGCCCCCCCAGGCGCAGCCCCCGCAGCAGCGCAGGUCGCCGGCCAGCCCCAGCCAGGCGCCCUAUGCCCAGAGGAGCGCCGCCGCUGCCUACGGCCACCAGCCCAUCAUGACCAGCAAGCCGUCCUCCUCUUCGGCCGCAGCGGCCGCCGCUGCCGCCGCCGCCGCCUCUUCGGCCUCGUCCAGCUGGAACACUCACCAAAGCGUGAAUGCCGCCUGGAGCGCGCCGUCCAACCCGUGGGGCGGCCUGCAGGCGGGUCGGGACCCUCGCCGGGCGGUGGGCGUAGGCGUGGGCGUGGGGGUUCCUUCCCCACUAAACCCUAUCUCGCCGCUGAAAAAGCCCUUCUCCAGCAAUGUGAUCGCGCCUCCCAAGUUCCCCCGUGCGGCCCCGCUCACCUCCAAGUCCUGGAUGGAGGAUAACGCUUUCCGGACCGAUAAUGGUAACAAUCUGUUACCAUUUCAGGACCGGAGUAGGCCCUAUGACACUUUUAACUUGCACUCCUUGGAGAACUCCUUAAUGGAUAUGAUAAGGACUGAUCAUGAGCCUCUGAAAGGGCGCAUGGGAAUAAAUUUCCAUCAUCCUGGAACAGAUAAUAUUAUGGCACUUAACACCAGGAGCUAUGGGCGGAGACGAGGUCGAUCUUCCCUUUUUCCCUUUGAAGACGCCUUCUUGGAUGACAGCCAUGGUGAUCAGGCCUUGUCAUCUGGUUUGAGUUCUCCCACACGCUGUCAGAAUGGGGAACGAGUGGAACGCUACUCUAGAAAGGUGUUUGUCGGAGGCCUCCCUCCUGACAUCGAUGAAGAUGAGAUCACUGCCAGCUUUCGCAGAUUUGGGCCUCUCGUGGUAGACUGGCCUCACAAAGCAGAAAGCAAGUCGUAUUUUCCUCCUAAAGGCUAUGCCUUCCUGCUAUUCCAGGAGGAAAGCUCAGUACAAGCUUUGAUAGAUGCCUGCCUAGAAGAAGAUGGGAAACUGUACCUAUGUGUGUCAAGCCCGACCAUCAAGGAUAAACCGGUGCAAAUUCGACCAUGGAACCUAAGUGACAGUGACUUUGUAAUGGAUGGUUCUCAGCCUUUGGACCCCAGAAAAACUAUCUUUGUCGGGGGAGUUCCACGACCCCUCCGAGCUGUUGAACUGGCAAUGAUCAUGGACCGUUUGUAUGGUGGUGUCUGCUACGCUGGAAUUGACACGGACCCGGAGCUGAAGUACCCCAAAGGUGCUGGCCGCGUGGCAUUCUCCAAUCAGCAGAGUUACAUCGCAGCCAUCAGUGCACGCUUUGUGCAGCUUCAACACAACGACAUUGACAAGCGGGUGGAAGUGAAGCCAUAUGUGCUGGAUGAUCAGAUGUGUGACGAGUGCCAGGGCACGCGCUGCGGAGGGAAGUUCGCCCCGUUCUUCUGUGCCAACGUGACCUGCCUGCAGUAUUACUGCGAGUACUGCUGGGCCAGCAUCCACUCGCGCGCCGGCCGCGAGUUCCACAAACCGCUGGUGAAGGAGGGAGGCGACCGCCCGCGCCACGUCCCGUUCCGCUGGAGCUGAGCCCGGGCCGCCCGGCCGCAGUACUGGAGUAGAUACCGAGGAGGGAGAGAGAGGGCACUGCCUCAGGGCUUACAGUGUUCUGGAAAUCUGUGCAUUCGUUCUCGAUUUUUAAAGAAGAAAAUGGGUCUUUUUAUUAUUACUAUUAUUUACAGUCAUAUAACUGAACUCAGUGUCCAGUAUAAUGCAAAAUUGCAGAGUGUAUAACGGUACUGAUUUGCACUUUGAUUCACACGUUUGUCUGCUUGGUACCUUAAUUUCUUACACCUGAUUUGUCACUUGUGACAGUACAUAGACUGCCGUUCUCAUCGGCGGCCCUCGGGCCGGUGUCCGUGAUUCUUUCGUUUGUUGUGUUGCUGUCGUCUGACUGUGUUUAGACUGGAGCAUGCACUUAUUUUCAGAGACUUAGAGCGCUGCCCCUAGGACGAGGCUUACCAAAGGUAAUACGCGCGAGUAGGUGGCAGAUGUAGCAAAAACUUCACAGUUCAACAGUUGUUAGCUGGGGUCUUUUAGAAUAAGGAUAACCCUUAAUGAAAAUAAGCCUUUAGUUGCUCUGUAUUUUGACUUUUAAGGAUACCUCAUAAGCUGGAUCUUUAUUUUUUUCCUUCAUGUUUGAUUUUUGUUUUGCUGGAGAUUUUGGUUGGAUCUUUUAGUGUUGUGUAAAUUUAUGCUGCAAUAGCUUUUGCUGCUAUUAAAAUGGUAUAUGAAUACCAUAAUACUCUAUUCAGGCUAAGUAUCAAUGAGAAACAGAAACAAAACCCAACAACACACUUUUGUGAUUUAGGGAGAGAGUCAGCUGCCGAAAGGAGAUGGAACAGACUUCAGAAAGCUUCAAAGGAAGGUUGCUAUUUCUGACUGCAUGUUUACUUAAUCAGGUUGCUGCAUGCAAUAAAUUUUAUAUCCAAUGUCUAGUAUAAAACCUUCCCACAAUGCACAAAUUAAGAAUCUAUAUAAGCUAUAAAAUACUCAUUUUUUUAAAAGAAAGCUUUUUUUUCAUUAAAGAAUUGGUAAUCGAAUGGAGGAAGGCAUGCCUCGAUGAAUGGAAUGCUUCUGAACAGGAAGAGCCCAUAAAAGAAGGACCUAUAUUACAACCAAUAGAAAACCUAGGUGUAGGAUAUUCUUAAAGCAAACUUGUGGAUGGUAGAUGAAGUACUUUGCGGUGCUCUGUUAUAUAUUGUGCAAUUUAUUUUAUAUAGUAAAGUGAUUAUGUCUAACUGUGAUCAAACUUAACUGUUUUAAGCCUCUGUGUCAGACAUUAAUGAACUUGACAGUUCAUAGCUGGUAUAUUAUUAAGUAACACAUGAGCUCUUAGUUACAAUCUCCUAGUGCUUGCACCAUUUUACAUAGUUUCAGACCUUGUCCAGAAAACCAAAGAGCUCAUCUUAGCUUACAAACACUAAGAAAUAUAUACAGUAUCUAGAGAUAAGUUGUCAGAUUGACAAAGUAGGCACAUCUUUUUAAAAGUUGUGUAGUGGUGAUGCUAAAGAAAUGUCUGUACAAAAUAAGAAGGCCUGGGCAAAGUUGGUUGUCUAGGUGAGAAAUUAACUAUUUAAUUCCCUGGAUUUAUCCUGUAAAGCUUGAAUAAAAUUAAGCCCUGCUAGUACUACCGUGGACAUUUUUUUAGCAUUCACUCUUGGGCUGCAGAUAGUAAUAUAUAAACACACACAAUGAUUGCGAGACUAUGUAAAUCUUUUUAAAAAUCUUUUUCCUAUGUUUUGGAAUUCUGGGGACAAUCUGACUGGAUAUGACACUGCAGAAUAGAUUUUAAGUCGCUGUGUGUUUUAUGUGCUGUGAUGUCCUUGUACUGUCUUAAGUUAGCAUUGCUUGUUUUGGGGGUGUUUUUUUUUCUCCAUUGUUUAGUUGCAGUUACUGGCUCUCAAGUUAUAGUUUGUUUUCGAAAAGGAAAAACAAAAUAGUUUUUUACUAAAUUAAAAAUGCUUGUUAGAAUCCUCCCCUUUUGAGGUUACCUCUGGGCUUGUUGGUAAUAAUUGUUUUUUUCCGGCCCAUGUGUGGUUUUGCUUUUAUAUAUAUAUACAUAUAUGUUUGUGGUUUUGUUUUUAUUUUGUUUUUUUUUUCAUCUGUACAAGAAAUUUUGUUAUGCACUACUACGUUUUAUAUUCUAGACGGUUUUCAAAAGUUGGCUGAAGAUUUUUUUGUUUGUUUGUUUUUAAGGAAAAAGGCAUGCUUUCUGACUGACAUGAUCUUUUGCAAUACCUCAAUUUUGAAAUAUAGGAAAGAAAAUGAUAUUUUCUAAGUAAGUUUAUUCAGAAAAAUAUAUAUUAAUUUAAUUCUGCAAGAAAAUGAUUUAACAGAUGGGUAACUUUAUUUUUUUCAUGCUUAUUUGUGUUUUUUGAAAAUGAAGAAGUUAGAGCUUUAUAACUAUAAUAUAAAAGAUCAUAUCUAACCUACAGAAAUCUACCUAAUUAUGUGAAAGAAGCAAAACUUUUUGAAGAAGCACCCCUCUUUCAUGUACUAAAAUAACACUGAGAUUUUUAAAAAGCUGAAAGAUUGCACAACAUAAAGCUGAAGUGAAGGCAAAAAAAAAAAAAUGUCAUGAAAAAUAGGUUACAAAAAAUAAACUCCAUUUGGUGCUGAAAGUUGUGACUAGAAGGUGGAAACUCCUUUCCCUUAAUUUGUAUAUUUAUAAUCAAGCAUUGAUUGUGCACGACUGACCAGGAUUGUGAAAGAGUUCUUCUGUUUGUAUUUUUUUAAAGAGAACUUUUUUAGUUUAUUAAAUUAUAACAUGUUCCCUUUUGUUUUGUAAAUAAAUGUGUCCCCAAGUUCUUAAUGUUAUAUUAAAAGAGAGGGUCCUUCAAAAAAAUUAUUUUUUAAAACGUAGAGGUGUUCUGACCUGCAACUUGACUGGGAAGCCCCUGGGUAACACAGGUCCUGUUGUGGCCUUUCCUUGAUGUGACACUUGAACUAGUCGAUUUUUUGAAGGCUAUAACCUAACCUCGACUAUUUGUUGUUAUGUGCAAUACUGUUUGUACUGUUUGUAUAAAAAAUAGAAAAAAAAAGAAAAGAAAAAAGGCAUAAAUCUUUAUUGCAGAUUUAUUUUCAUUGCAAACUUUAGACAUUGUGAUUCACUGAAAUCAUUUUUCUACUGUCAGAUAUGUACCUUUUCUUCAUGCUGGUAUUUUUUCAAUAGUAAUGUAGCCUUUGUACUGAGACAAAUUUUCAUUGUUAUUUUUAGAAAGAUUUUUUGCUAAGAAAAAAAUUAAACAUAUUUACAUAUUUUUCAUUUUAUUUCGUAUUUUCUUUAAGGAGUGCUUUCUCAAUCAUUACUAGAGUUGUUUCUGGGAGGGACUUUCAUAUCUGGUCAAUGUCAUAAUAUUAUUUUGUAUUUUUACUUGGAAUAAAUUAAUUUUAUGAUGCUAAUUCUUUAAAAGUUUAUUUUUUUCAUUUUCAGUUAUUUUUGAAGCUAAAACCUUUGUAAUAUUGUUACUAAAGUGUCUAGUUUUUUGAAAUGCAAAGCUUUAUGUAUUAUCUUGCUGAUGUGGUUUACAAUAGCGUGACAACGAUGAAAAUGGUUGGUUAUGUAAAGUGAUUGGAAAUGUAAUGGAUAAUUGGGUAAUAAACUGACAGAAUGAGCAGAA